GCCAUAUUGCUUCUGUUGUUUAUCUUGUCCGUUAGAGCGCAGAGGGGAAAGGAAAUCCUCUAUUUUCUUCCUUUAUGGUUUAUUUUUUCGUCCCACCUAAAGCACAGUAGAAAUGGACCGUGAAUAUGAGCGCCGUUUAUUGCGUCAACAGAAUGGCCCUGUUAACUCUCCUGUUUCUCCCCUUUCCCCUCGACGACAGUUAACUUUCAAUUCGGUCCAGUCGCCUAGCAAAGACCGUACAGGUGACAGAUUCAUCCCCACAAGAGCAGGGGCAAACUGGGACGUUAAUUUUGCUCUUAUUCAGGAAAACAACAAAGCUAAUAACGAAGUUCGGAAAGGGCGUGAAGGUGGGGAGGGCAAGGACGGUGUUGCGUACACGACUCUUCUACGCAACGAACUUCUGGGCACAAAUAUUGAAGAUCUAAGAGAUGCACCGGAUGAAAGACGGGCACUGUCGCCAGUACAAAAUCCUAAUUUAUAUCAUUUUUCCCCACGCAAGAAUCAUCAGAGAGAAGAUGCCCUUUCCCCAUACUCAUUGUCGCCUGUGAGUGCUAAGAGCCAAAAAUUAUUACGGUCACCUAGAAAAGCUGCAAGAAAAAUAUCAAAGAUACCUUUUAAAGUCUUAGAUGCGCCAGAGUUGCAAGACGACUUUUACCUCAACCUUGUGGACUGGAGUUCCCAAAACGUGUUGUCCGUAGGUCUCGGUCACUGUGUCUAUCUCUGGUCAGCUUACACCUCCCAGGUCACAAGACUUUGUGAUCUCUCCCCGGACGGAGACACUGUCACAUCAGUGUCUUGGUCGGAAAGAGGGAGUCAAGUCGCUGUUGGCACGCACAGAGGCCUGGUCCAGGUGUGGGACGUAGCCAGUAGUAAAAGAGUGUGCGUGUUGAACGGUCACACGGCCCGUGUUGGAGCCCUGGCAUGGAAUGGUGACGUACUGUCCUCAGGCUCACGUGAUAGACUCAUUCUCCAGAGGGAUGUGCGCACCCCAUGCAUUAUCCCAGAUAGAAGAUUAGCUGGACACAGACAGGAGGUAUGUGGAUUAAAGUGGUCUCCAGACAGCCAGUACUUAGCCUCUGGUGGAAAUGACAACAAGUUAUAUGUUUGGAACUUGCAUUCCCUCACUCCUGUCCAGACGUACACAGAGCAUAAUGCUGCGGUAAAAGCUAUUGCCUGGUCACCACACCACCAUGGGUUGCUUGCCAGUGGAGGAGGAACAGCAGAUCGUUGCAUUAGGUUCUGGAACACCUUAACAGGCCAGCCAAUGCAGAGUGUUGAUACGGGCUCUCAAGUGUGCAAUCUUGCUUGGUCUAAACAUGCUUCCGAACUUGUAUCAACACACGGUUACAGCCAAAACCAGAUCCUUGUGUGGCGGUAUCCCUCCUUAGCACAGGUGGCCAAACUCACAGGCCACACUUACAGAGUGUUGUACCUGGCCAUGUCACCUGAUGGGGAGGCCAUCGUCACAGGGGCAGGGGAUGAGACCUUGCGUUUUUGGAAUGUCUUCAGCAAGGCAAGAUCUCAAAAGGAAUCGAAAUCUGCCCUGAAUCUCUUCACAUCAUUACGAUAAAGGAAAACAGAGAGCAGAGAGUGUGGUGUGAGUGUGGUGUGGUUUGUAAAUAGGAUUUGGCAAUUGCGUAUGUUUUGUAUGGGCGUCUACAAUUUUUUCUUCCUUUUUUUUUUAAUAUAUAUAUAUAUAUGUAUAUUUAUCAUAUGUAGUAUAAUGUAUAUACUUUAUGCAUAUAAAUUGUCAUCUGCUUGUCA